GUUCCUCAUCCGUCUCUUCUCCCUCCUUUCCCAUUUCUUAAACCCUAGCUCUAUCUUCUUGAAUUUCCUUCUUCUCCUUCUGGUUUGGUCUCUACCAUUUUUUUCGGAUAUGAGUUCGGACGACGAGAGAGAGGAGAAGGAGUUGGAUCUCACUUCUUCCGAUGUUGUCACCAAGUACAAAAGCGCCGCCGAGAUCAUUAACAAGGCGUUGCAUCUUGUCGUAUCAGAAUGCAAACCGAAAGCCAAGAUUGUUGAUAUAUGCGAGAAAGGAGACGCGUUCAUCAGAGAACAAACAGGGAAUAUGUACAAGAAUGUAAAGAAGAAGAUCGAACGAGGCCUUGCUUUUCCAACAUGCAUCUCUGUCAACAACACCGUAUGCCAUUUCUCUCCCCUUGCCAGCGAUGAAACAGUGCUGGAAGAAGGUGAUAUGGUGAAAAUUGAUAUGGGAUGUCACAUUGAUGGGUUCAUUGCAGUUGUUGCGCAAACAAUUGUCCUUCAGGAAGGGCCGAUUACAGGACGUAAAGCUGAUGUUAUUGCAGCUGCAAACACUGCCGCUGAAGUUGCUCUGAGGCUUGUGAGGCCUGGGAAGAAGAACCAGGAGGUAAGUGAGGCUAUCCAGAAGGUAGCUGAAGCUUAUGACUGUAAAAUCGUGGAGGGUGUUCUAAGUCACCAGAUGAAGCAGUUUGUUAUAGAUGGAAACAAGGUUGUCCUUAGUGUAUCCAAUCCAGAGACACGGGUUGAAGAUGUGGAGUUUGAAGAGAAUGAAGUUUACUCGAUAGAUAUCGUAACUAGCACUGGUGAUGGAAAGCCGAAGCUUCUAGAUGAGAAGCAAACGACUGUCUACAAGAGAUCUCCGGAUAGAAGUUAUCAUCUUAAGAUGAAGGCGUCCAGAUUCAUCUUCAGUGAAAUCAAUCAGAAUUAUCCACAUUUUCCAUUCUCAGCAAGGGUUCUGGAGGAGAAAAGGGCAAGGCUCGGGCUUGUGGAGUGUGUCAACCAUGAUCUCUUGGAGCCAUAUCCUGUUCUUCACGAGAAACCCGGGGACUUUGUAGCACACAUAAAAUUCACGGUACUGCUGAUGCCAAACGGUUCGGAUAGGAUCACCUCUCAUCCACUUCAGGAGCUGCAACCAACCAAGACAAUCGAUGAUGCUCCCGAGAUCAAAGCUUGGUUGGCUUUGGGUAUCAAAACAAAGAAGAAAGGUGGUGGGAAGAAGAAGAAAGGAAAGAAAGCAGGAGAAAAAGCGGGUGAGACAACAGAGGAAGGUGCUCAAGAAGAAUGAGGAAAGAAGGUAUCUUCUUCUUGUUUAGUUGUGUUUCCCCUCGUUGAGGAUUUUUUUUUUUUCUUGUGUCGGGCACUCUCUCCUUUGUAUUGUGUUUUUUUUUUUGUUUCUAUAAGAUGUUUUUGUUAUAGCAUUUGUUCUCUCGUAGACUUUCCAAACGUUCUUCCAACAUUUUUGUUUGGCUACCUUUUCUCUAUUAUCAUAUUGAAAAGCAAAUUUAGACUGGCAGAUAAA